GGACGAAUAGUGCCUGUAAUCGUUUUUGAUUAUAUUCAUGGUAUCGUCAGAAACAGAGAACAUCACGUUUGCGUGAUGCGUUUAACUACUCCGGUUGAUUAUGAUGAUGAGCAACGGUUUUUAUCGCUAUAUGAGGAUAUGAUUAGGAAGGGGAGGUAUUUUGCAGUCGAUUUGCCGAAUGACUCAUUUUUCAAAGAUAUGUACUUAUUGCCGCUGCCUUCCGAUGAGGAGCCUCCAGCUAUUCUUCUUCCUUUUGAUGGACCAGGAAUACCUAAGUUACAUCCUCCAAUGAUUAUCUGCUUAGUAGUCAUAUACGGAUCUGAUAAAUUGCAGAAGUUUCAGUCAGUUUGA